CGAAGGGGGGAGUGUACCACAAUGUUGCAAUAAAAUCUUCAACUGUAGCCUUUUGGCUGUCUGUUUAAACACAUAAAUCUACAGUAUAAGUCACAAGUCAUGGUUGUUCUUCUCGGGUGGCUGUGGCAUUUAGUGGAAAGUUGAAGUUGUAUUGACUGUGGACCCCGUGUUCUCUCAUCCCUCCCCUCAGCACUGGGACAUGGCUCGCUCUGGCUGCAGCCUCUGUCUCCGGGAUGGUUCACGCAGCUCGGGCGCUUGCACCUCUCUGCUCACAGCUCCCACCAUGGGCAUCUGCUGGAUAUUGUGGAUAUUGCGUGCUGUUUCUGCCCUGGAAGAAACCCUGAUGGAUUCAACAACAGCAACAGCUGAGCUGGGUUGGACAGCGCAUCCUCCUUCUGGAUGGGAAGAAGUCAGUGGAUACGAUGAGUCUAUGAACACAAUAAGGACGUACCAAGUCUGCAAUGUGUUUGAAGCCAGCCAGAACAAUUGGUUGCGCACCAAAUACAUCAAGCGGAAAGGGGCUAAACGUAUUCAUGUGGAGAUGAAAUUUUCUGUGCGGGAUUGUAGCAGCAUUCCCAAUGUUCCUGGCUCUUGUAAAGAAACAUUCAAUCUCUAUUAUUAUGAAUCUAAUACAGAUUCGGCAACCAAGAUCACUCCAUACUGGAUGGAAAAUCCCUGGAUGAAAGUUGAUACGAUUGCAGCAGAUGAAAGUUUUUCCCAGGUGGAUCUGGGAGGAAGGGUGAUGAAAAUAAACACGGAGGUCCGUAGUUUUGGUCCAGUAUCAAAGAAUGGCUUUUACUUGGCAUUUCAGGAUUAUGGAGGAUGCAUGUCCCUAAUUGCAGUCAGGGUCUUCUACCGAAUGUGCCCACUGGUGAUCAAAAAUGGGGCAGUUUUCCAGAAGACACUAUCUGGAGCAGAAAGCACAUCCCUUGUAGCAGCACGUGGGAGCUGUAUCCCGAAUGCUGAGGAAGUGGAUGUGCCAAUCAAACUGUACUGUAACGGAGACGGCGAGUGGAUGGUCCCAAUUGGGCGCUGCAUGUGUAAAGCUGGCUACGAGUCUGUGGAGAAUGGCACUGUGUGCCAAGGUUGUCCGCCUGGAUCAUUUAAACCAAACCAAGGAGAAGAACCCUGUUUGAGCUGUCCAAUCAAUAGUAGAACUACAUCUGAAGGUGCCACAAACUGUAUUUGCAGGAAUAAAUACUAUCGGGCAGACAACGACCCAUCAGAUAUGCCAUGCACAACGACACCCUCAGCCCCAUUGGGAGUUAUCUCCAGUGUGAAUGAAACAUCCCUGAACUUGGAGUGGUCUGCUCCUCAUGAGACAGGUGGCCGGGAAGACGUGGUUUACAAUGUGAUCUGUAAGAGUUGCAAUGCAGGCCGCAGCACCUGCACUCGAUGUGGAGACAAUGUGCAGUUUGUGCCACGUCAGUUGGGUUUGACUGAGCCUCACGUUUACAUCAGCGACCUGCUUGCCCACACACAGUAUACCUUCGAGAUCCAGGCUGUGAAUGGAGUGUCAGAUCAGAGCCCUCACCCACCUAAAUUUGCUGCUGUCAAUAUUACCACCAAUCAAGCUGCUCCAUCUGCAGUGUCAUUUAUACACCAAGUGAGUCGUACAGUGGACAGUGUUACAUUAUCUUGGUCUCAGCCUGACCAGCCCAAUGGAGUGAUCCUAGAUUAUGAACUCCAAUAUUAUGAAAAGGAUCAAAGUGAGCACAAUUCUUCAACUGUGAAGAGCCAGACAAACACAGCCACCAUCCGCAGCCUCCGCGCUGGCACCAUCUAUGUUUUCCAAGUGCGAGCACGGACAGUGGCCGGUUUUGGCCAAUACAGUGGAAAGAUGUAUUUUCAGACAAUGACAGAAGCUGAAUACCAGACUAGUCUACAGGAAAAGCUUCCUCUCAUCAUUGGAUCAGCAGCUGCUGGGCUGGUCUUCAUAAUCGCUGUGGUAGUCAUACUCAUCGUUUGCAACAGGUCACUUAUCUUCUGCCCAGUCUCCCAGCUUCAAGAUCAAGGUUUCCAGUUCCAACAAGGGUCAAGCUUCCGGCUCGAAGGUCCAUCCUUCCAAGCUCCCAGGAGACGAGGUUUCGAGCGGACAGAUUUGGAAUAUACAGAUAAACUGCAACAUUACACGAGCGGCCAUGUGACACCUGGUAUGAAGAUCUAUAUUGAUCCAUUCACUUAUGAAGAUCCUAAUGAGGCUGUAAGGGAAUUUGCCAAAGAGAUUGACAUAUCCACUGUGAAGAUCGAACAGGUCAUUGGUGCAGGAGAAUUUGGAGAGGUUUGCAGUGGGCUUCUCAAGUUACCCGGAAAAAGGGAAAUUUUUGUGGCCAUCAAGACCUUAAAAUCUGGUUAUACAGAGAAACAGAGACGGGACUUCCUGAGUGAAGCAAGCAUCAUGGGUCAGUUUGAUCAUCCCAAUGUCAUCCAUUUGGAAGGAGUUGUCACCAAAAGCAGCCCAGUGAUGAUCAUCACAGAGUUCAUGGAGAAUGGAUCAUUGGACUCCUUUCUCCGGCAAAAUGAUGGACAAUUUACAGUUAUUCAGCUUGUUGGCAUGCUUCGUGGAAUUGCUGCCGGGAUGAAAUAUUUGGCAGACAUGAGCUACGUACACAGAGAUCUGGCUGCUCGUAAUAUUCUCGUCAACAGCAACCUUGUAUGUAAGGUUUCCGAUUUUGGACUGUCCAGGUUCUUAGAAGAUGAUACAUCAGAUCCAACGUACACAAGUGCUUUGGGAGGCAAGAUUCCAAUACGGUGGACAGCACCAGAGGCCAUUCAAUAUAGGAAGUUCACAUCAGCCAGUGAUGUCUGGAGUUAUGGCAUAGUCAUGUGGGAAGUGAUGUCAUACGGGGAGAGACCUUACUGGGAUAUGACCAAUCAAGAUGUGAUCAACGCUAUCGAACAAGAUUAUCGUCUCCCUCCACCCAUGGACUGUCCAACAGCUCUCCAUCAAUUAAUGCUUGAUUGCUGGCAGAAGGAACGCAACAAUAGGCCCAAAUUUGGACAAAUUGUGAAUACCUUGGAUAAAUUGAUCAGAAAUCCAAAUAGUCUAAAAGCUGUGACUCCACUGACUUCAGGGGUAACCCUCCCAUUACUGGACCGCACAGUUCCUGACUUUUCCAGCUUCACAACAGUUGCUGAAUGGUUGGAGGCCAUCAAGAUGGGUCAAUAUAAAGAUAACUUUUCUAAUGAAGGCUUCACGUCAUUUGACCAUGUGUCUCAAAUGACAUCAGAGGAUAUCCUUCGGGUUGGUGUCACCUUGGCAGGACAUCAGAAGAAAAUUUUGAACAGUAUUCAGAUGAUGCAAGCACAGAUGAAUCAAAUUCAGUCAGUGGAAGUCUGAUAGCAACUGUGGUCUGCUUCACUGUGGUUCUGAAUGAGCUUAAUUCAGGAAACAAUGAGACAUUGACUAUAUUCAACUGGGAUCUUCACCAUGCAAAGUCCUUUUAAGAACUUUAUGAAGACAAGAAUGGCUCCUAAAGAAACGCAAAUGAUCUUUGAUAUGAAAAAGUCCUUCAAAAGGAUUCAAGGGAUAAAUGUACAACUAUACCAGGAGCAACACAUUUAACCCAGAAUCACCUAAUUCAACAGACUCCCUGUGUGAUUACCUUUAAUUGUCUUUUCCCACCAACAAACACAAAACAGAAAAAAUAUAUGAUAUUAACAUACAACUCUGGUACAUGGUUCAGAAUACUUCAACUGCCAUAUAUCUGCAAAAAGACUUCAGGGAUUUGGGAAAGGAAACAUUUUAAGGCUGGAUCCUUCCAUUUAAGAAAAAUGUCUUUCUAAGGAGAAAUAAAAGCUCUUCAUACUAAACUUACAACAAUAAAGAAAGGAUUGACUAGUUUACUUUAGGGAAAUUGAACCUGAAAUGGUUCUUUUUCUCUGACAGUGACUUGUUUAAUAGAAAUUGUAAGCUUGGCAGCUCUUUCUACUGUCAACAUUGCAGUAAUGUCACCAUGCCAUACAGUAUCUUUUCUCACUAAUACUGUGAUUUGCUACUGGAGUUUAGAAGAAGAUGCUACAUUGAAUUUAUUCUUACAAAAAGUCAAACUGUUCACCAAUUCUUUUACAUUUUAAUAUUUCUUUGUUGUGUACAGCAAGUAUUUAUUGAUUGGGAGUUUAAAGCAUGACUUCCCACCGGCUCUCUCAUUUUUUGACUGAAAAUCCUAUUCGACUUUAUAAGUAGUUAGAACUUAAAGCAGUUAAAAGGCUCUGCUAUAGUUUGGAUAAACAUCAGCUGGUAACAUAACAGGCUGGUUGUCUGAUCCAUAUGGUAUACUUAUCUAAGAGUGCCUUUCCUCCAAAAGCUUUGGAACACAAUCUAAGAUGUAAUGACAUCCACUGAAUAUCAAUUUUGUGGCAAACCAUCUAAUCCCACAGUGUCAUUGAAACAACAAACCAAUCCCACCAUCCCAAUAACAAUCUAAUCCCACAGUGUCAUUGAAACAACAAACCAAUCCCACCAUCCCAAUAACAAUCUAAUCCCACAGUGUCAUUGAAACAACAAACCAAUCCCACCAUCCCAAUAACAAUCUAAUCCCACAGUGUCAUUGAAACAACGAUAACAAAUCAUAAUCGCAAAUUAUUACACUCUGCUUUAUGAAUCGUUUUGUUAUAUAAGCAACAUCUAUGCCAAAAGGAAUGCAGAGGUGGUAUUCAGGAAACAUUGGACAUUGGACAUGACUGACUGGACAUGAUAGUGAGAGUCUUCAUCCAUCUCUCAGUGAACUCAGUUUUACCCAUCUCCCUGGCAAGAAGUGAAGGAACAUAAGGACAGACCAAAUUGUGAGGAGAGAAAGUGAUUUAUUUACAACGUUAAUGUAAAACUGGAAAUGUCCUGAAGUAAAUCAAAAUGAUUUCAUCACUAAAUUUCUAAUAUCUACCCCAUUUAUUUUGUAAGAUUUUAAUCAAAAACAAAGGCUCACAACCUUCAUAAUUAUACAAACCCCAUUAAUCUCCCAAUACAGUAUAGUAUAAUACUAGUGUGGUUCUAAAGUGCAUUUAACAGAGGAUAUCUGCAGAAACACAAAGCAUUGUGCAGAAAGUUUGCUGACAGUUUGUAGAAUCUGUCAAAUGAUGAAGUGAAAGUGAGAAUUUAGAGAGACUGAAGGAGGAGCUUUGGAGAUUUGUUGGUGUCUGAAACUUUCCUUCAGGACACAUUCCAGGAAGUGCUUACUCUGAAGAGUAAGAGUUCAGAAGGAUAGUGCGUAAAGAAAGAUACAGUCAGUACAGGAAUCCUCUGGGAUUGUAAAGCCAAUUUUCAAUGCUGAAUAUGAGUGAGGAUGACAAAAUCUUGAGGAAGUGAAACAGAAUAAAAACUAUGGAGCAAAUCACUUUAUAGAGGGCACAACAAAUGUCAUGAGUUGGGUGUAAAUCUACAACCACAAUCCCAUUAUGUUGUAUUUCUCUGUUAUUGGGUUAAAAUUCAUCACCAAGUAAGUGCAAAAUACUUCAAGGGGAUGAAGGAGAAAUCCAGAAGUGUAUAGAUACACUUCUGGUACUGUACAUGUCAAAAACAGAGGAUUAUUUUCUUCACAUAGAGCUUCAGGAGCUGAGAAGGAAAUUAAAGAGCAAAGCCUCUAACAUAAAUAUCUCAGAAUUAUUCCCUGUACCAGAUAUUGGCCAAUAUCUAGCAAUUUGCUAGAGGUUUUAAACUGACUUGACAAGAUGGGUGUGCAUUAAAUGAAAGAUUAGAGAGAAGAAACCAGCAAUGUAGAUGACAUGCAGAAUCAUCUGCCAGUAGGAUAAAUAAUAGUUCAGAUAUAGGAACCAUAGGAUGGAAAAUACCAGGUGGUACCAGGUGUAAAGAAAUGUAAGUAACAUUAGUCUGUUCAGAUAGGUUAGGUGCUGAGAUACAAGGGUCAUGCCUGCCUCAGAGACGUGUGACUGUGAACUUAUCAUUGCUGACCUCAAACUAUUUAGGAAAUGAUUAAAAGGCUUGUGAUCAGUGACAGUGAUGCUCAAGAAAACUGUUUUAAUGCUGGAGUAUGGUCAUGAAACCAAAAAUUUGGUUGCAGUUAAGGGACAGUAUCACGUUAGUGGAUCUAAACAGUGCGUCUAUAAAGAAUGAGGUAAUAGACGAACAUUUUUUAAAACUCAGUUUAUAAUUCAGUAAUUCAGAUACCCUCCCACCCCAUGGCUUACAAAAUCUUCAAUAGUAGCUGCAAAUAUCCAAUUAUCCAUGGAAACCCCAUAAACCCUCAACAUUACCCAGUGAUUCCCAAAUACUUAAUUAUUUGGAGUUUGUGAACCCCAGGAUUUCAUACUUUUGCACAACUCUUUUCACUUGUACUGCAGAAUCUUCAAAUCUCUCCUCAUAUCUAGAUUGUAGAUUGUAUUGGGCACACAACUGAAUACUUAAUUAUUUUUACCCAAUAAGAUAUUCAAGUCUUCAUUUAGACCCCAUAUUCCAUUAUAAUUCCAUUAUGACUCACCACAUAAAUCUGUCUGCAUACCUUUUCAAUUCCUUCCAAUUUACACAUAUCGACUCCAUUCAUUUGAUAAUCUUGCCUUUUAUAAAUGUCAUAAUCUUGUGCUGAAUGCAACUGAGAUUUGGUAAGAGUACAGUGAUGAGAUGAGGUGUAAAUUGCAAGUGUAAAUCACAGUAAAUGUUCAAGUAUUAUCAAAAAAAUCGGAUCCAAAGUAAACCAUCCAAAUCUAACUUUAGAUGGAAUCAGAUCACAUUAAACAGAAAUACAUUUAUACUCAGAAAUAUAGAGCCAUAAAACAAUAAAAAUAUAUCUGAUGAGAGGAAAUUUUAUGUUGGAAAUCAAAACUGUCCUUGAGGGAAAAGGGUUAGAGUUGAGAAUCAGAAAACUCAUUAGAGCUUACUGUUCACCUCCAAAUUCUGAAAGAGAAUAGGAAAACAGUUGCAGGGAAAAUACUGAGAUGAUAAGAAUGUAGGAGUCCCUCACUUGGCCCCACUAGCUUGCUUGCUGAUUUGAUCUUGGCUUCAAAAACACUUUUCCUGCCUAUUCUCCAUAACCCUUAUGAAAUCCAAAAAUUCAGUCUUGAACAUAUCUGUAGAACAGAAUUCCAAAGACUAGUGAUCCUCUCUGAAUGAAAAUUGUAUCCCCUCAAUGGGGGGGGGGGCCUCCCCUUAUUACAGAACUUCUAGCUUCCCACAAAAAUGCUUCCCAUCUCAGCAUGUAUCCUGUCAAGCCCCUUUAAAAUUUUACAGUUCUAAAUAAACUACUCUUCCAAACCUUCAAGAUGUCUGUUUGCUCUUUUCUCAUAACCAAUAACCACAGAGAUCAACGAGUAAAGCUUUCUGAACCUCUUCCAAUGAAAGCAUAACCAGCUUUAAUAAAGAGACCAAGACUAUGUCAUUUCACCAGUGUUCUGGGCAGUUGUAACAAGACUUUGCUACUUUUAUAUUCCAUUGCCCUGGCCAAUAUACUACUUACUCUCCUGAUUUGUUUUCAUGCUAAAUUUUUGUUGUUAAUGUAUACCCAAAUUCUUUUCGCUGCAACAUUUUAAAAGUCUCGUCCUCAUUAACUUGCCCCAUAAAAAAUAAUGCUUUCUGUUCUUCCAAAGUUGACAAUACUCACAUUUUCCCACAUUAUACCAAAUUUGUGAAUACUUUGCCUAGUCAUUUCCACGCUUUGCAUUCCUCUCUCAAUUUGUUUUCAUACCAAAUUUGGCUCCAAUAUCCCUUCAUCAAAGUCUUUUACAGUCUGCCAACAGAAAAAUGGCCCUUAUAUUCUGACACUUUAUUUCCUGUUAGUUAGCCAAUUACCUAUCAUACAUAAUCCUCAAUGUGUCAUAUCGAAUGACUUUUGGAAAUACAACAUCUGUUGGUUCACUUUUGUCAA